CAUCGUGUCUCGUUCUCGAGAUCACUAAUAACUAAGUAGUACCGCUUGAGUCCGCCAGGAGUCACCACAAUGUUCAGCCAUAGAAAAAAAAACGGCGGGGGGCCCAUCUAUCAAGGCCCGUCAACCGCCAUCUUCUCUUCAUAACGUUUUUUGUGCGCGAGGCGUAACCACGUUAGUUCAGCAAUUCAAGUAACAUGGAUAAAAAAUCACGCAAAAGAGAUCGCUCUCCCUCAGUGGAGAGGCUUCAGCGAAAACUACGACGACUACAAGAGAAAUUGAGUAAGAAAGGCGAGAAUGUGUCACUGUUAUCCGGUGGAAACAGUAAUACUAGGUCGUCUGUCUCAACAUUCUCAGGUUUGUUUUCGUUUUUUAUGCAGGUGUGCUUUUUAUUAAGCCAACCCAUGCUCGGCGGCGAGCUCACACGAGAGGUGAGACACGUUCCGCACGAUCCGACUAGGUUAUAUGGAUGGUUCAUCCCGCGUCAGUGAAUUGACAGCGUAUAACCUAGAUCGUUUUGCACUUCUAGAUUCUCCUCUGUACUUAGACGACGAGAAUAAGGAGAACGAGGGUGAAAACCAAAACCCUACUAAUCUGGAAGUGACAGAAUCCGAAAAGGACGACGACUUCGUCGAAUUGGACAAGGAAACACUGGAAAUCCUUGGUGAAGGCCUUCCUGAAAAGGAGGGGGAAUUUUUAUUCCACCCAAAAUUGGCGAAGGCGUGGAAAAAAGUCCUCAUUGAAGGCAUCGACAAGGAAAGCAAAACAAAGCUUCUCCGACUGUAUCCUAGUAAGGGCAACUGCCCCCUUCACACGCCUAAGCUAAAUCCUGAGGUCGAGGCUAUUGUAAAUGAUACGGCAAAGAAACGAGAUAAAUAUCUGGCAAUCGAUCAAGAUCUUUGUGGAGCUGGCUUGUCAGCUCUAGGAAAAGCAGUCAACAUGAUCCUUAAUGAUACACAUGUUGAAAUUGACAGGAAGGAGUUAUUAUCAGCCUUGACCAACUCGGGCCGACUCAUGUGCGAGUUGUUUAAACAACUUACUAAAGCGCGAAAAGCGUUCCUUUAUCCGGGGCUUGACAAAAAAGCAAAGGUCCUUCUCGAGAAAGCGGACACAGAUGAGUUUCUGUUCGGCUCAACGUUGUCCCAAAGAGUGAAGACAGCUAAAUCAGUGGAGAAAGUAGGACUAUCCUUGAAGACCCCAGCCACGGAGAAAAAGCUGCCUUUCAAACCCCAUUCGGCUUUAAACUGGAGAGGCCCGCCUGCGAGGUACAACAAACAACCACAGGCGGGCUACCAUCGCAGGGUACCUCCGCGGACGUAUCCGCAGCACAAAGCUCAAGCGCAACUCCAGUCAAACGUGGUCCGAAACACUUCGUUAAAUCCACAGGAUGCACCUCAUUUACAAGAGGUUAUAAAUGAUCUACUUCGCAUAGGGGCCAUUGAACAAUGCAUUCCAUAUGAGUCUCAGUUUCUGUCCUCGUAUUUUUUGGUUCCAAAACCAAGCGGUAAAUUUAGAUUUGUUUUAAAUCUUAAAAACCUGAAUAAAUCGAUUCAAACGGAGCACUUUAAAAUGGAAGAUAUCCGUACGGCUUUGCGGUUGAUGACAAAGAGCUGCUUUAUGGCCACUCUGGAUCUUCAAGAUGCAUAUUUUCUCAUCCCGAUUGAAGAAAACAGUCGAAAAUUCCUACGAUUUAUGUGGUCGGAUGAUCUAUGGGAAUUCACGUGCCUUCCCUUUGGAUUGAACACAGCGCCGUGGAUAUAUACGAAAAUAACUAAACCAGUGGUAAAUUUUCUGAGAGCGAAAGGUUUUUUGUUUGUGGUCUAUCUUGAUGAUUGGUUGUGCUUUGGUAAAGACGCCAAAGAAUGCUUAAAGAAUAUCGAGUCAACCCAACGGGUGUUACGGUCUUUAGGUUUUUUAAUUAACCUACACAAGAGCAACUUAACUCCGAAUACAAGAUGUCAGUUUCUCGGAUUUAUUUUAGAUGCUAAUCGCAUGACCAUCGAGCUCCCGAAAAAGAAGAGACAGUCGAUUCUGUUAUUAAUUAAAAAAAUUCGAACGCUACAGUCUUGCACCAUUCGCGAAUUCGCCCAGUUCGUAGGCAACAUUACGGCAGCUUGCCCGGCUAUUCAAUACGGCUGGCUUUAUUCUAAAGUGUUUGAACGCCAGAAGUAUUUGGCGUUGUUGCGUAGCAAUGGUAACUUCGAUGCAAAAAUGAGGUUGUCUACAAUACUAAAUCCCGAUUUAGAUUGGUGGGAGUCCCAUAUCCUCGACGCCGUCAACCCAAUUAAGCAGCAACAAUACGUCCUGGAAAUAUUUUCAGACGAGUCAUUAACCGGCUGGGGUGCUGCCUGUAAUGGCGAAAUGACAUAUGGCGCUUGGAACGAAUCGGAUCGAAACGCUCAUAUUAAUUAUUUAGAGUUAGUGGCCGCGUUCAACGCGCUACGGUGCUUCGCGGCAACAAAGAGGGACUGUGAAAUAUUACUGCGCAUUGAUAACACUACAGCUAUUGCUUAUAUCAACCGAAUGGGAGGCAUUCAAUACCCACAUCUCAACAGUAUCACUCGCAAAAUUUGGCAGUGGUGUGAGCAUCGCAAUCUAUGGAUUACAGCAUCAUACAUAGCGUCGAAGGAAAAUGUGGAGGCCGAUCUAGGAUCCAGAAUCGUUAACAUCGAUAUAGAAUGGGAGUUGGCACCUUGGGCUUUUCAGACUGUCGUACAACGAUUUGGAGUGCCUGACAUUGAUCUAUUCGCGUCAGGAAUCAAUACGAAAUGUCAAACAUUUUGCUCGUGGCACCGUGACCCCGAGGCUUUUUGUGUGGAUGCGUUCACGAUCGCUUGGACGGAAUAUCAAUUCUAUGCAUUCCCCCCAUUUGCAUUAAUAUUGGGAGUACUAAGGAAAAUACAAGUCGACCAGGCUCAGGAUGCAACAUCCACUGGCAGCAAAAAUGACAUUAGUGACCGGGAUAUUGUCCGGCAGAGUUUCCAAAGAUUAAACAUCACCGAAGACGCAGUGGACUUGCUAUUAACGCAAUCGAAAAACUCAAUAACGCAAUCGACACUCAAACAAUACGCGAAAUCUCUGGAAGACUGGGCUCGAUUUUGUGUCAAAAAGAACUUCGAUAUUUUCACCCCACAAGUCAAUCAGGUGAUCGAUUGGCUGCUGGCGAAAUACAAGGCUGGCGCGUCAUACGGGACUGUAAAUACACUCCGAUCGGCUCUAAUUUGCGGCGAUAGAAUAGGGAAAAACCCCAUAAUUUCAAGAUUCUUAAAGGGAGCCUUUAAUGAAAGACCAUCGAAACCUAAAUACCAAAGGAUUUAUGACUUGGAACCAGUAUUGAAGGAAUUGGAAAAGUUACAUCCGUUAGAAGACCUUAACCUCCAGGAUCUCACAAACAAAUUGGUCGUGCUUCUGGCAAUAGUAACAGCCCACAGAAAGCAGACCUUUGCUCUCAUAAGAGUAAGUAACAUUCGCAGGGUCGUUACUGGAUACGAGAUAGAGAUCCCAGACAGAAUAAAAACGACGCGACCAGGAUCUUGUCAGCCGCUGCUGACCCUACCACUGUUCCGAGGAAAUCCGAAGCUGUGUGUAGCUUCUACUCUUGAGACGUAUUUAGCGGUCACCAAACACAUCAGAGGAACAAUCGAUUCGCUAUUCAUUACGACCAGAAAGCCGUUCCGCGCGGCGUCCAAAGAUACGAUCAGUGGGUGGAUUCGCACAUUUCUGGGAAAAUGCGGCAUCGGUGGACAUUAUGGUCCCCACAGCAUUCGACACGCAGCAACGUCCGCGGCGUUUCGCAAAGGAGUGGACUUAGCAGUCAUUAAGCGGCUAGCAGGUUGGUUAGAGAAGUCAUCGAAUUUUGAUCGAUUCUACAAUCGUCCGAUUGUACAAACGACCGACACGUUUGCGGCAGCAAUCCUCCAAUAAAAAAAAAGAGGUCAGUGCAAUUGCAUUCAUAUAGAAAUUAAUAAAGAUUAUUAAUAUAGAGUGCAUGCGAAUUUAGACUAAACUCUAAACAACUACUUAGUUAUUAGUGAUCUCGAGAACGAGACACGAUGCAUAAUUGACCGAUUGAACGAGCCCGCCGGAGGCGGGCGAAGUUCGAUCGUGAUUAUGCGGAGGGUCUCGUUCGAAGAGAUCACUACCCUCCCCUUUCCUUUCCCACAAAAUCUCAUUGGGGAACUUAGUUUUUCCCGCCCAGAUGUUUACAAUAAAACUUUAAACUAUAUGAAGAGAAGAUGGCGGUUGGCGGGCCUUGAUAGAUGGGCCCCCCGCCGUUUUUUUUUUUCUAUGGCUGAACAUUGUGGUGACUCCUGGCGGACUCAAGCGGUACUACUUAGUUAUUAGUGAUCUUUUCGAACGAGACCCUCCGCAUAAUCACGAUCGAACUUCGCCCGCCUUCGGCGGGCUCGUUCGAUCGGUCAAUUAUUUGGACAAAUAUAACAACGAAACUUAACUAUAUAAGGUUAAAUACGGUUGGCACUUACUUGUAGAUGUUAAGAAUUUAAACAAAAUCAAAUAAUCAUUCGUAGAAUAUUUACACACAAUCAAUGUCAAAGAUGUCAGUUAAAUUUUCAUAAUAAAUAGAAAUUUCUAAGUCAUCCAUUAAAAAGUCAAUAAUUCGAGAUCAUCCAUUAAAAAGUCCAUAAUAUCAAGAGAUUUCAAAAAUAAAUAUAAUUCCAAUAAGUUAGCCGUUGAAAAGUAUCCAUGUAAUAACACAAUGUAUCAAAAAUAAGUCCAACAAGAACGACGGCCCAAAGACGACUAAACGUAAAGCCAAAACAAAAUCUAUGUGUUAUGUAUGAUGUUAUGAUACACAGUGGGAAGUUUCUCAGUGUCCUUCUGCUUAUGAAUAGAAUUACUAUAUUUCUUUAUGUAAAACAUCUCUGCUACCUCUCUUUUCUUACAAGUAACACUACCCAAGUGCCACUCGUCGAUUUUCCUGAAACUUUGCACACACGUAGUACAUCGAA